AUGAAUAAGAAUUUGAUAACAAAACUUAUUUAAAAAAGUACAUUUAAUGAAUCUCUUAUUCAUUUUAAUAAUUUGAAAAAGUCAAAAACUUACUUGAUCAUUUUAUUGAAAAUUGACAUCAAAAGAAUUGAGUUCUCAAAAUGUUAUGUAAAUUUCCUUAAAAUGAGAAAUCCUUUUUUUUUUAAGUAAGUUUUAAAAGCUUCGAGAAUAAGUAAUCAGAAUUUAUAUUAUUGA